UGCCAACAAACGCUACUUCAGUGCCUUCGAGACAGUGUUGUCAUUUGCCUUAUUGUUUACCACGUUCUUUACAAGAUGUCAUCUGGUGGCUGGGAAGUAGUUGGAAAAAAUAAAAAGGAUCGUAGUAAUGGAAAAGCAACUAAAUUGACGAAAGCAGAAAAGAAGAAAUUUAUCGAAAAUGCUCCAAAAGUCGAAGAUUUUCUUCCGUUAAAUCAAGUGAAAACUUUGUAUGACAAUUUGGAGAGCAAUAAAGAAAAUAAGAAAUUAGUUAAGGAAAAAGACAAUAAGACAAAAGAAAAUGAGGAAAAAAGAAGGCAACAGAAACAACAGCAACAACAGACUGAGAAAAAGAAACAAGAACCUAAGGAGAAACCACCAAAGACGAUAAAGGAUGCGCUUAAUGCGAUUAAUCCAGAUGAUUUCUCAGAUAUUUUAACUACUGGUAAACUCCAGUAUCCAGAAGCUCCGUUAAUAUGGUUAAAGAAUCUCGUUGCGUAUCUUAACGUUAAGAUACCGAUUGAGAAAGAAGAUGCUGUAUUUUCUGGAAAACCUAAAGAUUAUCCAUUAAGCAUCGUACCAAAAUCAAUAUCAUCUACCAUGGAAAGAGCUGUUAAAAUGGCGGGUGAACAAACGGCUCAAUUAUUUUAUGAAAUUACUUUAACUACCAUGGCUACCGAUAUGGCCAAAGGAACACCCGUCGUUGGUCAUAAAAUAUUUUUGCAACUUUUGGCACGUUUAAAUCCAAAAAUGACCAUAGCUAAUAUUCCUAAACUAAUAAGCGUAAGAAAUUCUUAUCAGAAUAGAAAAACCAUAGGUUUGUCUUUACUUUGGGCACUGUCACAAGCCGGCGAAAAAGAUUUAGUCGUUGGUUUAAAGGUAUGGCACGAAGUGAUGUCACCAUUAUUGAUAACUAAAAGUUAUGCCAACUAUAUUGUACAACUUCUGAAUGAUCUUGUCUUUGGCCAUGAAAACGUACAAGAUCUUACUCCAGAACUUUAUUUAAAUAUAAUAGAAGAUACUUAUUCUGGAAAAUAUAACAUUCCUCUAACUGUUGGAAAGGAUAUAGAUAUUAGCAUUGAAAAAUUAAGAUUGAUAUUAUUCAAAAAUAAAACUAAAAUAAAUGAUUCAAAUUUCUUUGAAACACUAAUUGGUAAAAUCAACCAGAAAAUAAAUCAAAGCUAUAGAGAUGAAUUAGUAAAAGCACUUGCAGAUUGUAUUAUUACAGAUGUCCAUUGCCUUUCUACUUGGAAAUCUAUUUAUCUAAAGAAUUUAUAUCAAUCUAAUCUUCUUUUAACAUAUAUCGAAAACAAAUGGGAUUCCUUAAAAUCAAAUCUGAAUACGGAAUCUUUCAAAGAAACUCUUUUGUUCUUCCAAAAUAGUAACGAAAAGUGGAAAAAAGGGAAAGAAGAAAGCCUUGCUAAUUCUUGUAUCAAAAUACGUGACGCAAUAUUAAAGAAAAUGACUGCUUCCAACGAUAAAAAAUUUGCUUGGAAAAAAGGAAGUUUAUUUUUGUUAAUACUUAUUGGUGCUAUUUUAACUUAUGAUUAUCAGAAACAUGGCAGUUUUGAAGCUUCAGAUACAGGAAAAUUUUUAAGAAAUAGUGGAAUAACUGCGCAUACAUCGAAAUUAUGGUCGACAACUAAGGUGUAUACCAACAAAAUAGGUGAAACUAUAAAAGAUAGUUCACCAGAAUAUCACAAAGCUGCUGUUGACUUUUGUACACCAUACAUUAAAUUAGGAGUUGAUUUGUAUCUGAUAACAAGAAAUCUUUCUAUGCGAUUGUAUAAUAAUGUAGCAUUAUGCAUAGAAAAAAAUGGACCUGUGGUUCAUGAAACAAUCGAGCAUUAUUUUCCGGGAAUGAUUGAAGAAAUUGAAGAGCAAAGCAUUCGAGGGCUUCAACUCGUUAAAACUUAUUCAAUAAUAGCCGGAGAAAAACUUACCGAACAUUUCCAUUUUGCAAGUCAUUGGUUACAAAAAAAUGUUUUCAUCGGCAAACUCAGUCCAGAAAGUCUUCAAAUUUUUGCUAAUCGUGCUAUAAAUGUAACGCAGACGUACGCCAGUCAAACUUACGAUUGGGUAUACGAAAAAGUACAAUCAUUUUCAAAAGUUUCAUGAAAUAA